AUGAGCGAAGAAGUCCAACAAGAACAAACACAACAACAAUACUCAUCACUAACAUUGAAAAAUGAUCAACAAAAUGAGAGCAACACACAAAAAUCCCCCUAUCCCGAUAAACAUUCGUCCGAUACAAUUUCUCUCAAUGAUUUCUAUUCAUCGUUGGGCUAUUCGGAACAUACUCUAAAUGAGAAACAAAAACAAAUUUAUAGCUUUAUGGAAAGAAUGAAUUAUUGUCAUCAGCAAGCAGUAAAAAUUGCCGGAGAUGCAAAAUUGGGCCAAGUCAAUGUGAUUGAGAAAUUGUGUUCGGUGAAUUUAUUGAAAGGCUCUCAAUGUUUGCAAAAAUAUGUUUCGUUCAAUGCAGAGGAAAGUCCAACGAGGUUAAAUUCAUCCAAAGCUGAAUAUGCACAAUUUUAUUAUAAUUUAAUGCAUUGCCAAGAAAGUGAUCCAGAAACCAAAAGUAAAUAUCAUCAAUUUAUGGCGGAUAGAGAAGCAUUUUCUGGACUUGACACCAAUCCGUUGAAGGAAGUUUUAUCUGACGUUUACAAUAAUUUAACAUUGAAAAAUAUGGCUGCAUUGAAGGAGGUCUUCUCAAAAGUCGAUCCCAACAGUGAAGAUCGAGCUCUUCGACUGAAUGACGAAAUUAGAAAGCGAUUUGCUCAGCCUCAAUAUGACAAUUUAAGAAAGUGUGCCAAAGAGAGAUACUUUAAAAGUACCAAUGAAAAUGCUACAGAUUUUGGACUGAGGGAAAAUAAUGUGAAUGAGCUAGCUCACAAAUGUUUUGUGCCUUACAUGGAGUAUUUCACUCGGAUGGGUUCUAUUCUUUGCAGAAGACAAAUCCAAAAUUGUUUGGGCUUUGGUGGGAAAAAUGACAUGAAGAAUGAGCCAGAAGAUAUACAAGCGGGUACAACUGUCUUUUAUCUACAUUCAUGCAUGAAUGAACAAGCAGUCGUGAGUGAGUGUUUGAGAUAUCCUGAAAAGUAUUUCAUUCAAAGCCUGGAUGAAUAA